AUGAGGGCGAUCCAGGAAUCUGUGGAAAAGUCACGGCAGGCGGCACUGGAGCGCACACAGCUGCGGUUGCAGCACGAGUCUGCUGAGAAGGAGGCAAGGCGGCGGGAGGAGGCUGCGCGCUUGCAGAAGGAGCGCUGCUUCCAGUCUCGUCGUGACCUCAUCAAGGCUAUGGAUGUGGCGCGAGAAGAGGACGCUUUAGUCUUCCUGGAGCAGAUGCGGGGCAACCUGGACAUGCUGGUAGCGACGGAUGAGUACGGCUCCACGCUGUUGCAUGAGGCAUGUUCCCGCGGCAUGCGCAAGCUCGCACUGGCUGUGCUGGAGCAGACAAAGGACGACCAGGAGCACGCGCGGCUGCUUUUCCAGCGAGACUACAGGGAUCAGACGCCCUUGCACAGAGCGGCAGCUGCUGGCAAUGGGGAGAUCUGCUUGGAGCUCUGCAAGCGGAAAGAGUGCCGCAUCGGGCUGAAGGACCGAGACGGGCGCACGGCACUGCAGGUGGCCAAGCACUGGGGCUUCAGUGCUGCUGCUGACGCCAUCUUUAGGGCGAUCAACCCUUUGCCUGAGCUGCAAAUGCAGGUCAAGCCACCCGAACCGGAAGAGGAGCACGCGCCGGAAGAGACACAGGCAAAGCGUGGCAUGUGGGGACCUGAGCGCUUGCCAAGCAUCUCUAUGAGUGACCAUCUUUUUUGUUUGUUUUCGUGCUUGAGGGUCUCCCAAGCUUGA